CUACAUAAAACUCAUUUAUUUUCGGAUAUAGAGUCGUAUUUCAUAGCAAAUGAACAGUAUACAUUAUUCAGCAUGGAUAACCAGCAUAGACGAGAUCCGCAAGUAGCGGACGAUUUAUACAACCAUGGACUAAAUACGAACCAUGCACCGUCACAAAAUGGACAAUCAAAUUCUACGAGGCAUGCUUCAUGUAGCCAAAUGGAUAUACCACGAUUAUCAACCUCUCUACCGCCGCCUUAUGGCUUACACCAUAUUCCGCAGAUGGCUUUUGACCCUGCUUUAUAUUCAUCAAUGCCAAGGACAAUGUUGCCAACUUACCAUCCAGAAAUACUGAAUCAAUCCAGUUCCCAGCUGCCUAUAUCUAGUUCAAACCGGUUGAAUCCACUUUUUCUUGUCAGCUCGAAUGAUAACAAUAAUUGCAACAGAGCUAGAGCGGCCUCACAUUCCACUGUUCUUGAGAUGCAGCAGAGCACUUCAGCUACAGCGGCACAUCUACCUUUCUGUCCGAUUCCGACAUACUUACCAAACCCGUACUACGAUCCUCACAAGUAUCCAGAUCCAUCAACAUGUCGCAGGAACUCAACUACAUCAGCUUUUUCAAACCCCCACGGGACAACUGGGUCACAUAUCCCCCUGUACCCCCCAGGAACGAAUUUCCAUCUCCCAUAUGUAGCCCCACAUUACGAUUAUAUUCUGAACCGUCACCAACCACCGCCUUAUGCUCCUUAUAAAGGAAUCUAUCCACAACCGCACUCAAUUCAAACCCCAGUUAGACGGGAUCGGUACAGUGUUGGAGGCCCGUUACCGACGUCCGAGAUUAUUUCCAAUGAAACUCCAAUAAGGCGACGUAACUCGAUACCGACCACACUAGAAGUUGUUCAGGUAUCGGACGGAAGUUCGGAAGAUCCUGCAACGACGACGUCAGUUGAUGAGGACGAAGAUGAAGAGGAUGAUGAUGAUGUGUUCGAUUCUUCGACUCCUGUCACCGCCCCUCACAGUGCAACUGACCCAGCGACUUACCUGGAACAACUACGAGAGUCGAGAAAACGAGCAUUGAGUGGAGGCAAUAUGAUGUCACAAUCAAAAUACCUAUGUCAAGAUAAUUCCAAUCUCUACCCUAGAGCAAGAUUCCGCGGACGCUUAACGCGGGUGGAAUACGACCCGAAUGCUUCUGACGAACAGAAAACUCGACUUUUUAACCGAGAGAGUGCUUUUGCAAAACCUAUACAAACAGACACUGACAUUCCUGGAACGUCUGCUAUGCAAAUACCUAAAGUUCAAAUUCUCGUUGAUGACCAAGAUAGAAGCAAUGAUGCCAAAGCUGGGAAUACUAGCGGGAAAGUAAUAAAAGAUUCUAAAUCAGAAGAGGCGAGUCCAUCCGUGUCAAAGAUUUCAAUUCCUGAUAAAUCGACACACUCUCUUCGAGUCAUAUCUGCAGCCCCAAGAACUCUCACCCCAAGCCCGUCCAUUUUAAAAAAAUCCAAAAUACGACUGAACCGGAACAAUCAUGUGACUUCCUCUUCCGGUGACAGAGGUGAAAGUUCAUCUGAAACAGUACAACAAAAAACUUUCCCGCCUAAAAAGCAAGUCGCAUGGAAAGAUGAUUUGAAGCCUACAAAAAAAGACAUUUGCGAUGAAAUAAUAACUCCAAUGAAGCAUGACCUACUUUCAGAACAAAAUUUAUUAAAAAUUAAAAAGAACCCGAGUGUCUUUACAUGCAAAAACAGAAUUGGGCCGUAUGUUUUUGGCCCGCUGUUCGGUGCCUCCCCGGUCCGCAGUAUUUCACAAUAUUUAGUUCGCAAAGAAAACACGUUCAAGUACUACAUGGCGAAAGUUUUGAAUAUGGGGGGAAAUUCAGUCGAUGAUAGAAGUGGACGAAUGUUACUUUAUUCUGAGUACUCGUUAUUAACUUUACUAAAAAAUCAUCCUGGUGUAAUAAGAGAGCAUGGGUUCCAUAAAGACAUGACAUUUGACCCCAAAACUGGCCGAGUACAGGAACGUCUUUGCCUAAUUCUUGAUUGUUUGUCUCCUCACGAAUUUGACGAGUCCACAAUAGAUUGUUUGAACCUGCAACAACAUGUCAUAAAAGUUAAACGCUUGAGUGAACGCGAAACAAUAAGGAUUUUUACCUCUAUUGUCGAAGUUAUGCAUUCGCUACAUCAAAUGAACGUUGUUCACAGGGAUCUCAAACUUGGGAACAUGGUAUUUCUUCGGAAAUCUCACAAAGUUAUUCUGACUAAUUUUUGUCUUGGGCGGCAUCUCAUGUCAGAUGGUGAACUACUCAAAGACCAGCGAGGGAGCCCGGCUUAUAUCAGCCCAGAUGUUCUCAGUGGCAAGCCAUAUGCAGGAAAGCCGAGUGAUAUGUGGUCACUAGGUGUCGUUUUGUUCAUGAUGUUGUACGGACAAUUCCCAUUCUACGACCAGGAACCCCCCAAGUUGUUCAAGAAGAUUAAAAAAGCAGAUUUUGUCAUCCCAAGCAAUCCUCACACGACUUCUCAAAUUAACGACAUUAUUCGAGGAUUAUUGACCCUUGACCCCACUCAGCGAUUGACGGCAAGCGAAACGUUGGUAGCGUUAAAACAAUGUGCCUGGGCAUGGAGUGACGCCCGGUACUCUACCAUUGAUGCUCAGGUAGUUCCCGACGUGGAUAACGUGGAGUCGGAAGACGAUGAUAAACAGAAAAAAGAUGAAGAAGAUGAAAAAUAUGAAGAAGCCAAAUUGACAGAAGAAUUCAGACUAAAAAUGCUGAGUUAUGAGGAGAAUGACUCAACAGAAAACAGGAAUGAAGGUUUCGGACGCAGGACAUAUCAAUCAACAUUGCCAACGAUCCAGCAUUGCCCUUACGACGCUCGCCCUUUAACGGAGAAUGAGAUUGCGUUACAUCGACAGUUACUUGUAAAUUCAACACUUGGUGUCAGGGUGCAAGGAACUACGUAAUAAAAUAAGCGGGAAAAGAAAUAUUAUUUUGUCGAUCAGAAUAAAUUGUUGCCCUGAUGAUAUAAAAAGGGGAAAGCUACCAUUCCUUGGUUGACCGUAAUCAUUUCCUUGUUGAUCAUUUUAUUUACACUCUUGGUGGGGAGUUAGGAAUAGGGUUCCAGUUUAAUCUGUGAUUAAUAGAAACUUUGACUAUUAGGCGGAAGGCUCAUCACUGACAUGGGCAAACCACGGCCCAGCGGGCCAAAUCGGGCUUUCAAUCUGUCCCACCUGAUGCUGCCCUAAAAUUAAAUUAUGAUGUUUUAGCUAAAAAAUAGCUUAAAGAAUUUGUUGAGAUUGUGAUUAGAUAUAGUUCUAGCACAAGGCUUCUUAUUUUUUGCUUUUGUAACACUGUAAAUAUUGUUCAUAGAAUGUAACUAGGUUGGCAAAAUUGUUGGUCCCUGGUCCAAAAACCGUGCCCACCACUGGCUUAGCAUCAUUCACCAGCUGGCUGGUAUAACAGCAUUUUUUCUUAUUAUUUUUUGCCGUUUUUCUGUUGCUGAAUGUUGUUCCAUUUGUUAUGUUGCACUUUUUAUAGAUUUUUGUAUUUACAUUUUUGAACUGCAAUUUUUAGAAGGUGUUUAUCAUAUCUGAACAUGGCUCUGAACUACUUAA